CUCCGUCCCUCCCUCUCCUCUCUUCCGUGGUUGUUGCUGCCUGAACUGCUUCUCAUCGUCCACCUUCUGCCUCUGCAACAACAGCGGCGGGACAUGGGAUGCUGAAAACCUCGCGGAUGAGCUCUUCAUUCACUCCUUUCUUGGCAACUCCAUUGCCUUAUGCUUCAAUUUCAGAUUCCAAUUUGUGAUUAACAAGAGUUGGGUGCUUUGCUUUAUUCCACUGCGAAAUUCUUGACUCCCCUCUCCAAUGCUACUUUGUCAUUGUUCCUAAUCUCACCCUCGUUCCUCUCAAAUUGAAUCAUCUGGCGGCGGCGGAGUACCAAACCAGGGUUGAGUGAGCCUCAAGAAAAUGCAGAGAUUUUCGAAAAAAACAUUGCCUUUCUUCAAAAAAGUUAAUUUUUUCCAACUUCCCUUGACAAAUUCAUUAACAGUUAUUGGACAGAAAAAUACACUAUCCCAGCUGUUUUCUACUAGUUUUGAGGUGUGUUCACCACAUUCACCACCACUCAAUCAUAAGUCCUCAGAAUUUGAUAAUAGUAGCAGCUGCAUCAGCAGUGCCGCGUCAAAAAACCAUUUUGGCCUUAUUCGCCUUCAAUGUAGUCCAGAAAAGGAUGUAAAUGACCAAAGCUACGAUGAGUUUGCCUCUGAUGUGGAAAAAGUUUAUAGAAUAUUGAGAAAAUAUCAUUCUAGGGUUCCCAAAUUGGAGCUUGCUUUGAAAGAAUCUGGAAUUGUUGUGAGGCCUGGAUUAACUGAGCGCAUCUUGAAUCGAUGUGGCGAUGCCGGGAAUUUGGCAUAUAGAUUCUAUGCAUGGGCUUCUAAGCAGUCCGAUUAUCAACACAGUCAAGAAGUUUACAAAGCUAUGAUUAAGGUUUUGGGCAAAAUGCGGCAAUUUGGAGCUGUUUGGGCACUAAUUGAUGAAAUGAGGCAAGAGAAUCCUAUGUUAAUUUCUCCGCAGAUGUUUGUUAUUCUAAUGAGGAAGUUUGCUUCUGCAAGGAUGGUUCAGAAGGCUAUUGAAGUAUUAGAUGAAAUGCCCAAUUACGGAUGUGAGCCUGAUGAAUAUGUUUUCGGGUGUUUGUUGGAUGCAUUGUGCAAGAAUGGUAGCAUUAAGGAAGCCGCUUCGCUUUUUGAGGACAUGAGAUAUCGAUUUCCUCCAACCAUCAAACAUUUCACUUCCUUGUUGUAUGGUUGGUGUAGAGAAGGGAAACUUAUGGAAGCAAAACAUGUGUUGGUGCAAAUGAAGGAUGCAGGCAUUGAACCGGAUAUCGUUGUUUAUAACAAUUUGCUUAGUGGUUAUGCUUUAGCUGCGAAAAUGGGGGAUGCUUAUGAUCUUUUGAAGGAGAUGAGAAGGAUAGGUUGUGGACCGAAUGCAACCUCGUACACAAUUUUGAUCCAAUCACUAUGCAAACAUGAAAGAUUGGAGGAGGGAAUGCGGUUAUUUGUUGAGAUGCAGAGAAAUGGCUGUGAUGUGGAUGCCAUAACCUAUACAACAUUGAUUAGUGGGUUUUGCAAGUGGGGAAAAGUUGAAAGAGGUUAUGAGCUUUUGGAUCGGAUGAUACAACAAGGCCAUGUGCCAAAUCAGCUGACUUAUCAUCAUCUCAUGUUGGCCCAUGAAAAGAAGGAAGAACUGGAGGAGUGUAUGGAACUGGUGAAUGAGAUGCGCAAGAUUGGUUGCACUCCUGACCUUAACAUCUACAAUACGGUUAUUAGGUUGGCUUGCAAGUUGGGAGAGAUCAAGGAAGGUGUUCGGCUUUGGAAUGAAAUGGAAGCAAGUGGGCUUAGUCCAGGCAUUGACACCUUUGUCAUAAUGAUUAAUGGCUUUCUUGAGCAAGGUUGUCAGAUUGAAGCUUGUGAACAUUUCAAGGAGAUGGUUGGCAGAGGGCUUUUUACCACCCCUCAGUACGGUACAUUGAAGGAGUUGAUGAAUUCCCUUUUAAGAGCUCAAAAGCUUGAACUGGCUAAAGAUACUUGGAAUUGUAUUACAUCUACCAAAGGAUGUGAGUUGAAUGUGGGUGCAUGGACAAUAUGGAUUCAUGCACUCUUUUCAAAGGGGCAUGUGAAGGAAGCUUGUUCAUUCUGCAUAGACAUGUUGGAUCAGGGGUUAAUGCCACAGCCAGAUACUUUUGCCAAGCUAAUGCGCGGUCUGCGGAAACUAUAUAACAGACAAUUUGCGGUAGAGAUCACUGAAAAGGUGAGGAAAAUGGCUGCUGAUCAGAAGAUCAGUUUCAAGAUGUACAAGCGGAGAGGAGAGAGGGACUUGAAAGAAAAAGCGAAGGAGAAAAAGGAUGGGAGGAAGAGGAGGGCUAGGCAACGCCAUUGGGGUGGAAGCCGGCAGAAAUCUAGCACAUUAUAAAUUUCACUAGUGAAGCUUGACAUACAUUCUAGAGGUUCCCCAAACGAGACUCUCAUUUUGGACCAGAAUUUGGUGAAGCAAUUUAAUUGGAUGAAAAUUAAUGAUGUUAUUUGGUUUGAUUCAAGGAAUGAUUGAAGACAUAGGAGAAGUUGCUUUGUUCUUUGAGAGGAUAAGACACUGCACUUCACCAUAUCAGUACUAUUAAGCACAUUGCUCAUGGGCAAUUUGAAGAGGAACUUCUGAGAUUCCUGCAGCAUUGUGCAAUAUUGAUUCAAGGGUCUCUGGAUUGCAAAAGCGCAUUGCUACCUCUUAAAAGGAUCAGAAUCUCAACCUUGCAGGAGCCAUUUUUUAAUCCAUGCUGCAGCUCCAUAGCUCUAUCAUAUUGGGACAAACCAAUGGACAUUAUUGAAGUGAAUCAUAUAAUAUUUGCAAUCAAAGAGGAUAAUGUGGCAGCAGAGGAGGCAAUGUUGGUGAUGACUAAUGAGGUUCUGUGAAUGCAAACACAAGGAGAACAUGACAGAUAGCACUUCUAAUGCAUUUAUAACAACACAAUAAUGUUGGUUAGAGAUGUGGCAACCUUAACAAAUUCCAAGAAAAUCCAUGCAUGUAACCCAUGCUUUCAUUGGUUGAGAUAUGUGAGCUGUGAUGCUUUAUUAUGUUGGCCAAUAGGAAUCAAUCAUGAAAAAGUAGCUACCUUCUAUAUAUAAAGACAAUGAGCCAAUGGAUUUGAUAAGAGAACACACACAAACUAACAUUAGAGCUUUCUUCAAUCCCUUAGAAAAAAGAA